GGGAACCGAGGUCAAGGGGAGGAGGGGCGUGGAGGCCGAGAGGGAGAGUGGGCUGAAGGGUAGAAAUUUACCGGGAAAUGAUUGCAUUUGGGAGCUGUCUUUUUUGUGAUGGUCCCCAUGGUGACAAUUUGUGACGGCAAAGAAUGUGGGAACGGGGCGCUGCCGCCUGAUUGGGAUGCUUUGUAUCUGGAGAGGCGCUCCUGAUUGGCCUGAGGGGCCCCCCAGCUCCGGGGACUCGUCCUCCAUUCAGCCCGCUCGAGGGCUGCACAACUGCCUCCAGCCGGACCACGGAGCUUGCCGGCCGCGCCGGGCCUGGCCCAGGUCUGCGGCGGGGAACCUGCCGGGCCACCUUGGCGGGGCCCGGGGCCCCGCACCCUCGGUCAGCUCCGUGCCCUGCCCUGGAGCCGCCAGCCGCCUGCAGAGCCACCCUCUUCAUGGAAAGCCCCGUGCAGUGGUCCCCUGGUGAUGGCAUCCGACAGUGACGUGAAGAUGCUGCUGAACUUUGUGAACCUGGCAUCCAGCGACAUCAAGGCGGCCCUGGACAAGUCUGCACCCUGCCGCCGCUCGGUGGACCACCGCAAGUACCUGCAGAAGCAGCUCAAACGCUUCUCCCAGAAGUAUUCCCGGCUCCCGCGGGGCCUCCCCGGCAGAGGGGCCGAGCCUCACCUGAAAAGGGGGUCCGAGGACCGGCCUGGGAGGCUGCCCCUUGAUUCUGGCCACAGUUCCAGCCCCAGCGGGGGUGGGUGCUGCAAGGAGAAGGCGUUGGGGAACCCCUACAGGGAGGAGUGUCUCUCUAAGGAGCAGACCCUACACGGGCCGGAUCCAGAAGCUGCCAGGCCUGGCCAGGUGCCCAUGAGGAAAAGACAGCUGCCCGCUUCCUUCUGGGAAGAGCCACGGCCCACCCACAGCUACCCCGUGGGGUUGGAGGGGGGACUGGGCCCCAGGGAGGGACCUCCCUAUGAGGGUAAGAAACACCGCAAGGGCUUGGAGCCCCUGGGGCCCGAGACAGCCCCAGUGCCCGCAUCCCCAAGGGCACCCGCUGAAGAGGAGCCACUCAAGAUGCCUGGGGUCUCCCUGGUGGGCCGUGUCAAUGCCUGGAGCUGCUGCCCCUUCCAGUACCAUGGACAGCCCGUCUACCCAGGCCCUGCGGGGGCCUUGCCUCAGAGCCCGCUCCCCAGCCUGGGCCUCUGGCGGAAAAGCUCGGCUUCCCCCAGUGAGCUGGCCCACUUCUGCAAGGAUGUGGAAGGCCCCGGGCAGAAAGUGUACAGACCCGUGGUUCUGAAGCCUAUCCCCACCAAGCCGGCCAUGCCCCCGCCCAUCUUCAACGUCUUUGGCUACCUCUAGCCGGGCUGGGAGGGCCUCGGUCCCCACCCCUGGCCUGCAGGGGUGUUGGGGACCCCGGGAGCUCUCCUGGUGAGGAGUGGGCUGGGCAGUGGUGUGGCCUCUUG